AUGCCGGGACCUCAAGGACCAACCGGACAACAAGGAAUACGAGGGUUUCCUGGUCCUGAAGGACUUCCUGGACCUAAGGGACAGAAGGGUGCACAGGGACCAGUAGGUCCAAUUGGCAGCAAAGGCGAUCGGGGUUUGGCGGGUCUUCCAGGCUUUCCUGGAAACGAUGGAGCCAAUGGUCGGCCUGGAGAACCAGGUCCGCCUGGAGCGCCUGGUUGGGAUGGUUGUAAUGGGACGAAUGGUGAUCCUGGUAUUCCAGGAAGGCCAGGGCCACCUGGAAUGCCUGGUUUUCCUGGACCGCCAGGUUUGCCUGGUAUGAAAGGAGAACCUGCAAUUGGUUAUGCCGGGGCUCCUGGAGAAAAAGGUGAUGCAGGCAUGCCGGGGAUGCCAGGACUACCAGGACCUCCGGGAAGAGAUGGUUUUCCUGGUGACAAGGGUGAUCGAGGAGAUAUCGGAGAAGCUGGGCCAAGAGGACCACCAGGUGAACAGGGGCUUCCGGGCAAUCCAGGUAUUGGCAGCAUUGGACCAAAAGGAGAUCCAGGUGACAUGGGACAACCUGGACCACCAGGACCUCCUGGUCCUCGAGAGUUUACAGGUUCUGGCUCAAUAGUUGGACCACGAGGCGUUUCUGGAGAGAAAGGAACUAAGGGUGAUCCGGGAGAGACAGGGCCGCGUGGUUAUCCAGGAACACCUGGAAUAGCUGGUCAACCGGGUAUGCCAGGAAUGAAAGGAGAGAAAGGCCUAUCGGGACCAGCUGGACCAAGAGGUAAAGAAGGAAGACCUGGGCUGCCUGGGGCACCAGGUUUUAAAGGCGAUCGUGGUACUGAUGGGCCGCCUGGUUAUCCAGGAUUACCUGGUCAAAAAGGAGAACCUGGUUUUCCAGGCCGCGAUGGUGAAAAGGGAAGUAGAGGACCACCUGGACCACCUGGGGGAGGAGACUUCUCUGAUGGUCCUCCGGGCCCACCUGGCCCACCUGGAAGGGAAGGUCAACCAGGCCCUCCAGGAGCUGACGGAUUUCGUGGUUUACCGGGUCCUCCCGGACCCCCUGGUUUACAGGGAGGAGUUGGGCUUCCGGGUAUUCCAGGCAUGGAAGGCCCACCAGGUCCCAAAGGUGAAAAAGGUGAUAGCGGCAUUCCUGGUGCGCCAGGUAUGACUGGUCCGCCUGGGCUUACUGGACCGCAGGGUCCAAAAGGAGAGCCAGGAGCGAGAGGUAGAGAUGGCAAAAGUAUUCCUGGAGUCCCCGGCAAAGACGGUAAACCGGGAAUUGACGGCAUGCCUGGACGGAAAGGGGAAAUGGGUUUGCCUGGAUUACGUGGCCCACCAGGAGAUUCACUGAACGGAUUGCCAGGGCCGCCAGGUCCUAGAGGUCCACCUGGUCCAAAAGGCUACGAUGGUAGGGAUGGAACACCGGGACAUCCUGGUCUUCCUGGACCAAAAGGUGAAAGAGGAGGGACUUGUUCUAUAUGCGCUCCAGGAAUGAAAGGAGAAAAAGGAGAUGCGGGAUUCUCCGGACUUCCGGGGCCUCAGGGAGAACGCGGCUUACCCGGUAUACCAGGUGCACCUGGUGAACCUGGUGACGACGGACCUGCGGGUUCUCCUGGACGGCCAGGCCCCCCAGGACCUCCUGGAUUAGAUGGUCUUCCAGGUGUGCCAGGACAAAAGGGUGAACCUACACAGUUGAAUUUGCGGCCAGGUCCUCCAGGGUAUCCUGGUCAAAAAGGCGAACCAGGUUUUCCAGGUCUUCCAGGAGAUGACGGCCUCCCAGGUGCUGAAGGUUUUCCAGGAGUUACUGGAGCGAUUGGACCGCCUGGUCCAAAAGGAGAACCAGGACCACAAGGUGUACCCGGGAAGCCGGGUAAAGAGGGAAUGGCAGGUUUGCCAGGCCCGAAAGGUGAACCUGGUUAUGGCCUUCCAGGAGUUCCAGGGAUGCCCGGAAUGAAAGGAGAACGAGGAUUUCCGGGUCCACCAGGUCUUCCAGCUGAAAUUUCAAUAAAAGAAAUCGUAAAUGCCACUUUUGGGGCAGGAACGGGUCCUGGCUCUCUUUUUGCACAAUCUCAACAAGGAUACGGCGGCAAAUUUGGUUCAGACGGUUGGCCUAGAAUACCUGGUCGACCAGGUGUUCCAGGAAUUAAAGGCAAUCCUGGCUUUCCGGGACCACCAGGGCCACCUGGUUCUGCAGGUCCACCUGGAGAAAUUGGAAUACCAGGAAUGCCGGGGAAACCUGGAGCUGAUGGAAAGUUAGGAGAACGAGGUUACCCAGGUGAGCCGGGUUUACCUGGUUUACCAGGAGACUGUCCACCAUCGCUACCAGGUCCUGAAGGGCCACCAGGCCUUCCUGGUUUCAAAGGCGAAAUGGGAGUCCCUGGACUUCCUGGAUUACCUGGACUAGAUGGUGAACCUGGGCUACCUGGACCUCCUGGCUUUCCAGGAGAGAGUGGCUUACCUGGGUCAAGUGGUCCGCCUGGUUUUCCGGGCAUGAAAGGCGAUAUGGGUUUCCCAGGGGAACCGGGUUUGGAAGGCGCUGUAGGUCCUUCUGGACCUCCUGGUUCUCCAGGAUUUCCUGGUGAGAAAGGAAACGAAGGCUUGCGUGGUCUUCCUGGCUUACCUGGAUUGAAGGGUAAAGCGGGCACUCCAGGAGCACCUGGAUUUGCAGGGCCACCUGGAAAGCCUGGACUGCCGGGUAUAAAAGGACAAAUGGGACUUCCUGGAAUACCUGGGCAGAAAGGAGAAAUUGGUUUGCCCGGCCUUCCUGGAGAAAUAGGACCUAAAGGAGAACAAGGCAUCUCUGGUGUUCCUGGUGCUCCGGGGCCUAAAGGUAAUACAGGGCUGCCUGGGCCUCCUGGGUUGGAUGGCUUUCCUGGGGCUCCUGGGAUGAAAGGUGAACGAGGAUUUGAUGGUUUACCUGGAGAAGUUGGACAGCCCGGAAUACCAGGUCAAGAUGGUGAGAAAGGAGAAGCUGGGAUACCAGGGCAGCCUGGCCUUCGAGGACCGACAGGAUCACCAGGAUUUCCUGGCAUUCCUGGAAUGAAAGGAGACAAGGGUGAACAAGGAUACGGCAUUCCCGGUGUACCAGGGGAAAAAGGAAUUGCAGGAGUCCCUGGAAAACAAGGCCGUCCUGGAUUUCCAGGUCCUAAAGGAAUGGAUGGCCCACCGGGUUUUCCUGGUCUUAAGGGCGAACCUGGGUAUCCGGGAGAACCGGGUCAACCAGGGUUACCCGGAGCUCCUGGUCUACCAGGGCAAAAAGGUGAUAAAGGCUACGCUUGUCAACCAGGACCUCCUGGGCCUCCUGGUCUCGAAGGUCCCAUGGGGCCUCCUGGUAUUCGAGGAGAAAAAGGUGAUAGUGGUUUGCCCGGGAUACCUGGAGAACCAGGACUUGACGGUCUUCCUGGUGAAAAGGGUGAAACUGGUUUAUCUGGUAUACCUGGGAUGCCAGGGCCCACUGGACCAAAAGGUAUCGAAGGGCCUCCUGGAUUUCCGGGAAUCAAAGGCAUGCCAGGGAUUCCAGGACAAGGUGGUCUUCCAGGUCUUCGUGGAAUAAAGGGAGACGCUGGAUUCCCAGGUUUGCCUGGUGAACCAGGUUUACCAGGACCUGUUGGAGUAAAAGGAGAAAAGGGCUAUCCCGGUUUACCAGGCCUACCAGGAGCACCAGCAGUCAUGCCGAAAGGUAAAGAUGGCCUCCCAGGCAUUCCUGGCAAUGACGGACUUCCUGGAAUACCGGGUCAAAAAGGAGAAAAAGGACCACAAGGCCUUCCAGGCGUUAUAGGGAUGAAGGGUGAGCCUGGUUUUCCUGGAAUUCCAGGAGAUAAAGGUGAUGCAGGCUUACCUGGAAUACCAGGUACAAGAGGGAAUGAUGGUCUACCGGGACCUCCAGGAAUGCCAGGAAUUCCUGGACAACCAGGAAUUAAAGGCGAAAGAGGGUUGCGAGGGCCAGAAGGUAUCAUGGGUCUUCCUGGUGUACCCGGGCCAAAAGGUGAGAACUUGGUUUUAACGCACUCACAAGAUCUUGUCGUUCUAGGAGAACUGGGUAUGCCGGGAUUUCCUGGCCAGAAAGGUGAAUCAGGCUUACCUGGAGAAGCUGGUCUUCCUGGUUUACAGGGGGAAAAAGGUGAUGCAGGUUUGCCAGGCCCUCCUGGCCGAGAUGGUCUUCCUGGUUCUGAUGGACCGCCAGGUCCCAUGGGACCGCCAGGACCACAGCCGAUAGUAAAACCCGGAGAAAAAGGUGAUGUGGGACCUAUUGGUCCACCAGGAAUACGAGGAGAAAAAGGUCUUCCAGGUCUUGAUGGUGCUCCUGGACUUGAUGGUCCGCCGGGGAAGGACGGUGCAAGGGGAAGUGACGGUUUCCCAGGUCAACCAGGAGAGCGAGGAGAACGCGGUAUCCCAGGCUUACCUGGCCUUCCUGGAAUUGAUGGUCCACCUGGUCCACCUGGUGUUCCCGGCUUGAUCGGUCCGCCAGGUCCUCCUGGACCAACAAACACUAACGGUUUUCUUUUGGUUAAACAUAGUCAAACAGUCGAUAUUCCAGUUUGUCCACCUGGGCAACAAAAACUGUGGGAUGGUUAUUCGUUGCUCUACAUUGAGGGAAAUGAAAAAUCCCACAAUCAAGAUCUAGGACACGCUGGUUCAUGUCUCUCAAGGUUUUCAACAAUGCCAUUUUUGUUUUGCGAUUUUAACAAUGUCUGCAACUAUGCUUCUCGUAAUGACAAAUCGUACUGGUUGUCGACUUCGGCACCUAUUCCAAUGAUGCCUGUUAGUGAGGCAGAAAUUGAACCAUAUAUAUCACGGUGCUCCGUCUGCGAAGCUCCAGCGAACGUUAUAGCAGUUCAUUCGCAGACCAUUCAAAUACCAAAUUGUCCUGCUGGCUGGAGCUCACUGUGGAUCGGUUAUUCUUUUGCUAUGCAUACUGGGGCUGGUGCAGAAGGCGGUGGACAGUCACUCAGUUCACCUGGAUCGUGUUUGGAAGAUUUCCGUGCAACGCCAUUUAUUGAGUGCAACGGUGCAAGAGGUACCUGUCACUAUUUCGCCAAUAAGUUUAGUUUUUGGCUUACUACUAUCGAUGACGACCAACAGUUUAAGAUUCCUGAAAGUGAGACUUUGAAAUCAGGCAGUUUACGAACAAGAGUAUCUCGAUGUCAAGUGUGCAUUAAAUCAACGGACACGGAUGAUUAUCGCGCCAACUACUCAUAG